AUGAUCAUCGAUAAUCGACGUAUUCCCGGACAGAUCAUUGAAUCAUUGCCAUUUGCAAUCAAAUUUCAAAAUGAAAACAUCGAUUUUGUUCUGGAUCCAAAAGUGGACAAGGUGAGAGGGCAUCACUGGAAGAGGCGUCAACUGGCCACAAAAUCCUUCUCUGAUAGGCUUCAAGCAGUGCGUGUUGUGGAUAAAAUAAUGAUCGAAUUGGGUAGCCGUUUGCCACCACUAAAAGUAACGAUAGCGGAUGAGCAGGUGAAGCGGAUGAAAUUUGAAAUGCGAACUAUAAACUAUUUAUACGAAAUGAUACCAACAUUUGAAUAUGGCGAUGUUGUACUGUUAUUUAAGCACGGUGAAAGGUUACCUGCCGACAAGUCUUUGUUAGCAGCAAAUUCUCUGUAUAUGGCUUCGAUGCUUCACGAUGCUGCGCCACAAGCGAUCGUCGAUAUGGGUAGUUUUGAAUACGAUGACUUCAUCGAGCUUCUCUAUCAAAUCUAUGGCUCAAGUCGGCCAGUCUAUGUCGAACUUGCAAAACUUUCUCGAGCUGCAACGGCAUACAAAGCAGACGCAAUUCUAGCACGGAUCACCAAGUUUAUAUCGACACUCGAUGUAAUUUGA